GUUCAUUUCGUUUGUCAACUCAUAGCUGUAACUAUGAAAAUCUUCUUCGCAACUUUGGCCUGCGUCACGUUGGCGCUGCUGCUGUGCACUGUGCAGGCUCAGGAAGGAGAAGCGAAGGGAGGUGCUCAAGCGGGCUUUUCGAUGGGCGCUGGUGCCGGAGCUGGAGCWGCUGGCGAGGCCGAGGGUCAAGGCGGUGGCGAAGCCAGUGGUGGAGCAGGCGCCGGCUUCAGCAUGGGCGCCCAAGCUGGCGGCGGCGGUGGCGCCGGUGGCAAUGGCAAUGGUGGUCGCUAAGCGUUAGAAGUAGGCGACGGUGUCGAUGUCGGCGGCAUUUCCGUUUAAAAUAUCAUUAGUUAAAGUCACAGGCAGAGGCCACAGGUGUCAUUGGGCCACGAUUCGGCAGCACUUCAAUGGAAAACACGAGCAACAGUCUACGCUUGGCAGCCCUAAUACCACUUAAUGCCAUUUUAUGAAACGUUACCCGAAAUAGACUACAAACAAUCGAGGCCGCCGCCGCCGCCGCCAUCAGCGACGCCGAUGCCAAUCGCUGAAAUCGAAAUCGAAACCAAAAUAGAAAAUUCAUCAGCAAUGUUAAAAAUAUAUCAUCGCAAUUUUCCACACAAAUCGAGUGAUCAAUAAAAACCAAACACCCCCCAACAAAAAGCAAAAAAAA